AUGCUGUGCUGCGUGUGCUGCUGCUUGAGCUUGCUGAUCGCGUACAUCAUCUGGGCGCUCGUGACCAUCUUCGUGACCUUCGGGCGAGUGACACGAGCGAGGAGGAGGAGGGAGAGAGCGAGCGAGCGGAAGGAGGGAGGGAGGAAGAGGGGAGGAGGAGGGGAAGCAGGAGAGGGAGGAGAGGGAGAAGGGGUUGGGUCUACAUCGAGCGCGUGCGGGGCGAGCUACAACAUCUGGGCUUUCUGUCUCACAGCGGUGGUGAUCAUGCCUUUGAUCGGGUUCAUCAUCUCGUUGACGAGGAACAACAGAGAAGGAGCGUCGAUCCUGCAGUUUGCGCUAGCGAUGGUGAACCUGGGCAUCUCGGUGUGGGGCAUGUGGCUUUGGGCGUCGAUCAGCAACAACUGCUGGACGUACUUCGAGAGCAGCUUCUGGGAUCUGGCGCUGCUGUUCAAGUGCAUGGGGAUCAUGUUUCUCGGGUCGUCGAUCCCAGGGUCGACGGACAGCGGAUACCAGCGGAUGCCGAACGAAGACGAUGACAAGGACGAGGCAGGCUUUGCGGUCAGCAGCGUCAGCGGGCAAGACAGACGAGGUGUGGCGGUAGAGGAUCAGAAGGGGGAGGGCGAGAACGAGGACGCGAGAGAGGGGCGGAGGGAGGAGACGGUGACGGGCGUGUCGGGGGAGCAGGUACGGCGGCUGAUCAAGGAGGGCGCUAGGCUGGAAGCGAGGAACAAAAGGGGCUGGCAGGCGCUGCACUGUGCGGCAUCAAGCGGGAGGAAGGAGAUCGUGGAGAUCCUCGUAGCGGCGGGGGCGGACAUUGACGCGGAGACUCAAGACGGGGAGACGCCGCUACGGCUGGCGAACGGACAUCCUGACGUGGAGGACAUCCUGCGGUCGCUGGGGGCGAGAGACAGCAUGGCGAACGCACAGGCGGCGACUCAGGAGUUCGUGUGA